UGCUCGAAACCAGAGUAUUUGAUCACACAGCGAUCAUCAUGAUAUCUACUGCUGUUCUUCUUCUUCUUCUUCUUGGACUCGCCGUUUUAUUUGUGUACACAAGGCGUGCGAGACGAAGAAAUGAACCUCCUCUUGAUAAUGGAAUAAUCCCGUGGCUUGGUCAUGCACUUGAGUUUGGAAAAGACAGUGCUAAAUUUUUAACACGGAUGAAGCAGAAACAUGGAGACAUUUUUACAGUGUGUGCGGCCGGACGCUAUAUCACUGUUCUUCUGGACUCAAACUGCUAUGAUGCUGUCCUGUCAGAUACAAUCUCCCUUGACAUGACUGCUUACAGUCAGCUUCUCAUGAAGAGAAUCUUCAACCUGCAUCUGCCCAAUCACAACCCAGCAUCAGAGAGGAGGAGAGCAGAAAUGCAUUUCCAGGGAACUGGUCUGAUCCAGCUCUGCAGCUCAAUGCAAAACAACUUUCACUUGCUCAUGACCUCUUCAGAAAUAGGCCUGAAUGAAUGGAAAAAAGAAGGACUCUUCCAUUUUUGUUACAGCUUGCUUUUCAAGGCUGGCUAUCUCACUUUGUUUGGAACAGAGAAGUACGACAGUGCAGAGUUAACAAACAUUUACAAGGAGUUUCGCCGGUUUGACAAGCUUUUGCCUAAACUGGCGAGAUGUAGCACAAACAAAGAGGAGAACAAAGUUGCAAAUUCAGCGCGUGAAAAGCUGUGGGAACUGUUAACUCCGUCAUGUUUGGACAGAGAGGAUAAACAACAGUCAUGGUUGCAGAGUUUCAUACAGCACCUUCAGGAGGAAGGCCUAGAUGCUGAGACUCAGAGAAGAGCAAUGCUACUCCAACUAUGGGUCACACAGGGAAAUGCUGGCCCAGCGGCAUUCUGGGUACUUGGCUUCAUACUCACCCAUCCAGAAGCUCUGAGUUCAGUAAGAAAGGAAAUCAGAGAUGUACAGCACCUCCCCCUGGAAGAGAGAGAGAAACACACACCAGUCUUUGAUAGUGUUCUUAGUGAGACACUGCGUCUUACUGCAGCUGCUCUCAUGACUAGAGAAGUGGUGCAAGACACAAAGUUUCGUUUAAGCAAUGGGCAAGAAUACCAGCUCAGAAGAGGCGACCGAUUGUGUGUAUUCCCCUUCCUCAGCCCUCAAAUGGACCCACAGAUCCACCAACAGCCAGAGAAGUUCAAGUUUGACCGCUUCCUCAAUGCAGAUGGGACAGAGAAGAAAGAUUUCAUAAAGGAAGGAGAGAGGGUGAAGUAUCCCACCAUGCCCUGGGGGACAAAAGGCAACAUAUGUCCAGGACGCCAUUUUGCACUUAGUGCAAUUAAAGAGUUUGUAUUCAUGGUCUUGACUCGAUUUGACCUGGAACUGUGUGACAAGAACUUGACCGUGCCAUUGGUAGACACCAGCCGAUACGGCUUUGGCAUGUUACAACCAAGGGAAGAUCUAGAGAUCCGUUAUAGAAGAAAGACUUUACAGCAAUAACAUGCCAAUUCUGAUUAGAACUGUACAGAUAACAAUAACUAAUUUUUGUUUUCAACAAAUUUCUUAUGUAUAUAUUGUUUUUCCCCGCGACCCGACUUCGGAUAAGCGGUUGAAGAUGGAUGGAUGGAUGGAUAUAUUGUUUUUAAAAAUGCUAAUUGUCUUGGAUAUUUAUUGCAAUGUAAAUAUAGAUUUUUUUUUUUAAUGUUUUGUAGUUUAUAGUCUCUCACAAUCUAAUAGUAGUUUAGGUUUGCUUUUCUGAUAGUAUGCAAAAGAGAAAUUAAAAGAGAAAUAGCACAGUUUUCAUUACUUCUUGGUUUGAGGUCUAAGUGACCCAAAGGCCCCUUUAAUAUGUAAAAAAAAAAACGAAAUGACUUUCCCUAAUCUAAUGAGAAUAGAUUGUCAACAGAAUUCCAACUUGAUACAUGCUUCAUAUGUUUCCCAGAAAAACAAAAAUACAUUAUUUGUUUGGCGUCUCAGUGAUGCCAGGUUUAAAAGAUGAAUAAAUGCAAUGAAUUUUAACAUGCUAACAAUCUAACAUGCUAAAGGCUCUAGAACUAGAACUUCUAGAACACUCUAGUAGUACACUCCUGUCAACUGUCUAUUUAGAUUUUUUUGCUAGAUUUUUCUACAAUGUUUUGUUGCCAAACAGAAGCAAUGCCACUGUAUUGAUUCAUAGUCACCUUUCAGAAAAGUGCAUACAUAUUUUGUAAUAAUAGAGGGUUAAAGAUUUGAUGAUACAGUAUCUGUCUACUUGGUUUUGAUUAGCUCAUAAAACAGUAAAAUAGUACAAAGGGAAUAUAAGAGAUUCAUUCUGAAGUUACCAUUCUUAUUUUUACACAUGCAUCAUUGGGUCUCUAUAGGACCCCAAACAUAUACUGUAGAGAGUAAAGUCAAUCUAAAAAAAUGACACAAGGUUUAAUCUGAUACCUCCUCUUUUCCCCCACUAUAAAUCCUAAAAUAUUUAGUUGUUGUAAAAAUUAAAUCAUACAUAUUAGUUCAAAUAAAUUAACCUUG